AGUAAAAUAGACGGAACGCCAUAGUCCCUCGCUCUCGUCCCUCAGUUCUGGAUCUCACCGCUCGCAUCUGUCACGAUUUGAUCUCCAAAUUCAUCACUCUCAUUCCUCAAUCUCGAUCUCAUCUCUCUCGUGAUUUCGCCGCCCGUCGCUCACGAUUUCAUCACUCUCUUCCUCUUGCUCUGCUUUCAGGUGCGGAAGACGAACUCUCUCCUGUCUGAAGUCAGUGAUUGUUGGUUUGCAUUCUCAUAUCAUAAAAAAUGGUUGUUCUUGCUGCUUCGAUUGUUAGCAAGUCUGGAAAAGUUCUUGUUUCUAGACAGUUCGUUGAUAUGUCUCGAAUCAGAAUUGAGGGCCUUCUUGCUGCUUUUCCAAAGUUGGUUGGAACUGGAAAGCAGCAUACAUACGUGGAAACAGAAAAUGUUCGUUAUGUUUACCAGCCAAUAGAAGCUUUAUACUUGCUUCUUGUAACGAAUAAACAGAGCAACAUCCUUGAAGAUUUGGACACUUUAAGGCUACUUUCUAAGCUUGUACCUGAAUAUUCACUCUCUAUGGAUGAAGAAGGAAUCUGCAAAACAGCUUUUGAUUUGAUUUUUGCUUUCGAUGAGGUUAUUUCUCUUGGGCACAAGGAAAACGUGACUGUUGCACAGGUUAAGCAGUACUGUGAGAUGGAGAGUCAUGAAGAGAAGUUGCACAAACUGGUAUUGCAGAGCAAGAUCAAUGAAACUAAGGAUGUCAUGAAGCGGAAAGCAAGUGAGAUUGACAAAAGCAAGAUUGAAAAGAAUAGGGGUGAUAAAGGAGGCUUUAUGUCUUUACAGUCCAUGGGAUCAGGAAAGAUUGAGAAUAGCCUCGGUGACAUGGGCAUAUCAACAGGAGGUGGAGGUGGUUUUGGUAGCAGUUCUGGUUUUGGAUUGGGUGCUGAUGUGGAGACCUUUUCUAGCAAGCCUAAAGGCCGUCCACCUUCAUCUGCUACUGCACCUCCUAAAGGCCUUGGCAUGCAGCUUGGUAAAUCCCAAAGGGCAAAUCAAUUCUUGGAAUCUUUAAAAGCAGAAGGUGAAGUAAUCGUUGAAGAUGUACAGCCAAAAGUUGGUCCAUCUAGAUCAGCUGUCCCACCCCCAACUGAUCCUGUUACUCUGUCUGUCGAGGAGAAACUCAAUGUGUCCCUGAAACGAGAUGGUGGAGUUAGUAACUUUGAUCUUCAGGGAACACUUUCCCUUCAAAUUCUUAACCAAGAAGAUGCACACAUUCAAGUUCAGAUUGAGACCGGUGGGAACCCUGGCAUCCUUUUCAAAACUCACCCUAACAUGAACAAAGAGUUAUUUUCCAAUGAAAAUAUUCUAGGCUUGAAGGACCCCAACAGGCCAUUUCCUACGGGUCAAGGUAGUGAGGCUGGAGUUGGUCUCUUGAAGUGGAGAAUGCAAAGUACUGAUGAAUCAAUGGUUCCAUUAACAAUCAACUGCUGGCCUUCUGUUUCUGGAAAUGAGACUUAUGUCAGCAUUGAAUAUGAAGCUUCAUCAAUGUUUGACCUGCGGAAUGUUGUCAUCUCAGUGCCUCUUCCUGCUCUUCGUGAGGCACCUAGUGUGAGGCAGAUUGAUGGAGAAUGGAGGUAUGAUUCUAGAAAUUCUGUCUUGGAGUGGUCCAUAGUUCUCAUUGAUAAUUCAAACCGCAGUGGAUCAAUGGAGUUCGUCGUUCCUCCAGCCGAUUCAUCAGUAUUUUUCCCCAUUUCUGUCCGAUUCUCAGCAACUAGCACAUUUAGCGACUUAAAGGUUGUCAACAUUUUGCCUCUCAAGGGCAGUGCUCCUCCCAAAUAUGCUCAGAGAACACAGUUGAUUACAGAGAAUUAUCAAGUUGUGUGAUUUUGGUGAUGUGUUUUCUAUUACCUUUUUCCUGACAUUUUGGACUCGAAAAUUUUGAAUGAUUUGGGCUGGUUUUACUAUCCAUAUUGAGAUUGUUUUGGAUUUUAUUCAAAACUGAGAACGGCCAUGAUUAAUACAGUUUUUUGUAAUAGGAUGUUAGAACUGGAUAUUCUUUUGCAAUAUCUUCCUCAAUAUUUCAUUCAUCCAA